CAGACUCAUACAUGUUCACAUAUCAUAUGCACAUGCACAUGGAGUAAUACGUGAAUGAAUUUCUGGUUCUGCGUUGAUUUUAAUAAUUUUUCUGUUUUUCAUUUUUGUCAAUUUCAUGAAUUAAUAAUUAAUGAUUUUCAAUUUUUACGAUAGAAUAUUCAUGAAAAUUCGUCUUGACGUUGAAUGAAUUUUCACAGUAUGCUAAAAAACGUCAAGGGACUGACAUAUCUUGAUUACAAACAGAAUUGGACUAAUCAUAAUUUAUCUAUCAAAAUAAAGUGGGAAAAUAUGUGAAAGGUUGCAGAACAUUUCAGUACGAUAUAUAAAUCUCAAUUGAAUAAUUUUCCAAACAUACGGAUUGAAUAAAAACUGAUGAAAUCAUAAAGAAACCAACACGAAUAAAAAAACCUAAUAUUUGAUUCAACAUAUGACAAAAAUAAGAAAUGCCAUAAGUAUGGAGUGGAUAGCACAAAAUGCAUAUAUAAACAAUUCUUUGGAUCACUUGCUGCCAGGAAAUAAAAGUCAAGACUUCUUAAUAAAGCAAGAAGCAAAGUUCUUCCAAAGCGCUUUGAAUUCUCAGUCAGGACAAAAUGGAAUUGUACAUAUGCAAGUCACACCUAAAGAGAAGGACAAGGAAAUCAAGCAGGAAAGCAGUUGUCGAGAUAUAUUGAUAACACCUUGUCAAACGAGGUCUGUAAAUCAAUUGCCCAAAGGAUUAAUUAACAUCUCAGAGAAAUUGUAUAAUAAGGGUCGCAUUGAUAUAAUAGAGAUGACAGUAGAUUCUAUGUUCAAUUAUAAAUAUUUUCUCGUUUAUGAAGAUCAAUUUUCCAAAUUUGUUAUACUAAAACCGCUCCAUAGCAAUGCAGCCAGAGAGGUCGCGGUGAAUCUGCUAGAUAUAUUGGCGAUCAUAGGAGCACCGCGAGUAUUACAGAGUGGCAAUGGACGUAAGUUUGCUGAACAAGUUGUAUGUGAACUACGUUUGCUGUGGAACGAUUUAUUUCUACUGCACGGGGACGUGUCUAAAUGUGAAGUUAGCUAUAGGGAUUUUAAGAGCGCGCUCGAAUCCUGGAUGAAAAAGAAUCCAACCAAAGCCUGGUGUGAAGGACUAAACUUUAUACAGAUUGUUCACAAUUCGACAUAUCGCUGUCAGAAUGAUAAAGUUCCAUAUGACGUGUUGUUCAGACAAAAUGUACGCGAAAAUUUUCAAAGCAUGGAGAAAGACACGGAGAAUCUGUGGACGGAAGAAGAAUGGCUCAAAUAUUUGUCAGACAGAAAAAUCGCGGCCGCAGCAAUAGCAGAUACGCAGUGUACAUCAAAUUCCAAUCAAUAUGAAGAAAACGCACAAGAUACACAGAACCAAAAUGCACCUUCGAAAGUCGAUAUAAAUGUCUUCAAUUGCGUCAAAGCGAGGAAUGAAUCUCUCACAGACAAUGCGCACACAGUAGUUCAUACAGAUGAACUAAACGUGAAAAAUGAAUCGAAAGUACAUGAAGAUACUCAAUCUCUCAAGUGCAAAUACUGUCAAAAGCAAUAUAUGAAGAUAGGACAUUUGAAGAACCAUAUGAGAACUCAUGAGACAAAACGGCUCUUCCAUUGUAAACUGUGUAAAAAGACAUUUAGCGUUCUAAGAUUAUACACAAAGCAUAUGAAACAGUCGCAUGAACAAGAUAAAUCAAUCGAGGAAAGUGAAAUUCCGGUUAGUAGAAAUACGAGAAACAAUACUGGCACGAUAGCGGCUGUAUCUAAGGAAAAAUCAAUGAGUCAAACGACACACGAGACAUCCGACUUUGAGGCGAAUGAAGAUUGCGAUUCAUUAAUAAAUACAAAAGAUUCCUGCGGCAAGACCGGCAAGAACUCCAAUCAAGUUGGUAAACGAAAGCUAUCCACGGAGAAUCGCGGGUCGAAGAUACAAUCCUUACAAUGUACAUAUUGCAAGCAGAAAUUUAGUUUUCCAAGCGUGCUGGAGAGGCACAUGCGAUCGCACACAAACGAACGGCCGUACGUGUGCGAGAUAUGCAAUAAGAGCUUCAAACAGCUGGGUCAUCUCAGCCAACACUCGUUGACCCAUCAUGACUAUCGCUCGUUUCAAUGUACAGUAUGCGGUGUAAAGUUCGACUCGUUGGAUUUACUAAAACAGCAUGCACACACGCAUAAGGGUGACGUGACAACGACCACGUCCAAAAUUCGCGAUGUCUACCGUUUGUUUGAAUGCGACAAUUGCAAGAAGGUGUUUACGACGAAAAGCGUGCUGGAACGCCAUAUAUUCACGCAUACGCAGGAACGUCAGUAUGACUGUAAGGUAUGUGGUAAGCGAUUCAAGCAGGCUGGUCACGUUAAGUCGCACAUGCUGGUGCACACGGGCGAGCGUCGCUUCCAGUGCACUGUAUGCUUGAAACGCUUCAGUCUGUCAAAUUCGCUGAAAAAACAUAUGUACGUGCACAACGGUGAGAAGCCGUAUCAAUGCGACGUAUGCGGCGCGCGCUUCCUCGAGAAGCGCAAUUUGAACGGUCAUUUAUUGACACAUACUAAUGAGCGUCCAUACUGCUGCAAGAUCUGUGGCAAACGGUAUACUCUGGCUGAUACUCUGCGCCGUCACAUCAGUGCCGCGCAUGAGGAUGGUCGUACAUAUCAAUGCGAGAUUUGCGCCAAGAUGUUCAAGCAAUUGGCACAUCUGUCGGUGCACAAGAAAGUGCACAACGACGAACGACCGUUUCAGUGUCAUCUAUGCGAAAAGAACUUCAAACAUAAAAAUGUGCUCAAAUCACACUUGGCGAUCCACGCGAAUGUACGGCCGUUCGAGUGCGAUGUGUGCAAAGCGACGUUCGUUAGGAAGACGAAUCUGCAGACGCACAUCUCAUCCGCUCAUAUGAACGAGCGACCGUAUACCUGUACAAUUUGUGGCAAGCGUUUCAAGCAGAUUAGCCAUUUAAAUGGCCAUGUAGUCGUCCACAGUAACCUGAUGCCAUACAAGUGUGAUUACUGCGAUCGCCGAUGCAAUCGACUCGACAAUUUGAAGAAGCAUAUGCGUCUUCAUACAAAGAACAAGGAAUGAAAAAACACAAAAAAACGAAUUAGAAUUAAUGAAAGAGGCAUCAAGAAACAUAAACAAAAUAAGAAAAAUAAAAAAAUAAAGUUAAAUUAAAUUAAGCAAUCAAUGUGGAUAUAUUAUCGCGUCAGAACUAAAUUUAUUGAAUCUCUUGAAUGAACGUUUAAAAAUAAUUCUAUGUCAAAUAUAAAACAUUAUUGGUUGUAAUUAUUUUAAAUUAUUGGAUCGAUAUAAGUUCCUAACAGAAAAUAACGAGAUCUUAAAAAUAAUUGGACAAUUGACACAACGAGAGACAUUGCUGAGGAUAAAUGAUAAAAUAUUGUACAUAUUUUCUUUUUUAUUCAUUAAUUACUUCCAAUUUGCUCCACGUAUAGCGAGAGAUAUUGUAUUAUAUUUUAAUAUUUCUUUAAUUAUUGAAACAAUUGUUCUCAUAAUUUCCUAUCCAUUAUAAAGCAUAAUUGUAGUAAUAUUUCCUAAGCAUAUUUUAUGUAUAUAACAUAUAUUGUAUAUCGCGCGAGAUAUAAAAUAUUUUAUCUCUCAGUUUAUUUACUGACUGCCUGACUGAUCGACUUAUAGGGAUAUAAGCGAAUUUUAUACUUAUAUAGAGAGAUAAUUAUCGAUCAUGACAUAUAUUUGAAAAUACGUAGUAUAUCUUUAUGAUGACUUUAUGUAGACUG